AUGGCUCAGACAAAAGUUCAGCACAAGAAAAGGCAAGUAGAGAGUUUUAUUAUAUUGAUGUUUUUAUGGGAGGUGGCUUCAGAAUCAAUGCAGUAUUCUGUGCUGGAGGAGGCAGAAAGUGGCACGUUUGUGGGCAGCUUGACAAAGGACCUAGGACUCAAGGUGGGAGAGCUGGCCGCUCGGGGCGCCCGGGUUGUUUUCAAAGGGAACAGACAGCGUUUGCAGCUUGACCCACGGACACAUAAUUUGCUGCUAAAUGAGAAACUGGACCGGGAGGAGCUGUGUGGAUCCACUGAGCCGUGUGUACUACCUUUCCAAGUGUUACUGGAAAAUCCCUUACAGUUUUUUCAGGCUGAAUUGAGGGUCAGAGAUAUAAAUGACCACGCCCCAGAGUUCCCGACCAGAAAAAUGCUCCUGAAAAUAUCAGAAAUUACCACACCAGGAAAGACAUUUCCUUUGAGAAUGGCACAGGAUUUAGACGCUGGCAGCAACAGCCUUCAGAGCUACAUAAUCAGCCCCAACCCCCACUUCCAUGUUCUCACUCGCAAUCGCAGUGACGGCAGAAAGAUCCCGGAGCUGGUGCUGGACAAAGCGCUGGAUAGGGAGGAGCAGCCCCAACUCAGGCUAACCUUCACGGCGUUGGAUGGCGGGUCUCCUCCCCGGUCAGCAACCGCAGAGAUUCAGAUUGUGGUCUUGGACAUCAAUGACAACGCCCCUGUAUUUGCUCAGGAGCUCUAUGAGGUGCAAGUCCCCGAGAACAACCCCCUAGGCUCACGGGUUGUCACCGUCUCAGCGACAGAUUUAGAUGCAGGAUCCUUUGGGGAGGUAUCCUAUGCCCUAUUUCAGGUCGAUGACAUUAACCAGCCCUUCGAAAUAAACGCAAUCACAGGAGAAAUUCGUCUGAGAAGGACGUUGGAUUUUGAGGAAUUUCAGUCUCAUCAUGUGGAUGUUGAAGCCACAGAUGGCGGUGGACUAUCAGGAAAAUGUUCGGUAGUCAUCCAGGUAUUGGACAUGAAUGACAAUGCCCCUGAACUGACCAUGUCAUCACUCACCAGCCCCAUCCCUGAAAACUUGCCAGAGAUUAUAGUCGCAGUUUUCAGUGUUUCAGAUGCAGAUUCUGGACGUAACCAACAAGUUAUCUGUUCUAUAGAUGACAAUCUUCCCUUCCUUCUAAGACCGUCCAUAGAGAAUGUCUAUACCCUGGUAACAGAAGGACCGCUGGACAGAGAGGGCAGAGCCAAGUACAACAUCACCAUCACCGUCACCGACAUGGGUACCCCCAGGCUAAAAACAGAGCACAAAAUAACCUUGCUGGUUUCUGACGUCAAUGACAACGCUCCCACCUUCUCUCAAACCUCCUACACCCUGUUCGUCCGCGAGAACAACAGCCCCGCCCUGCACAUAGGCAGCGUCAGUGCCACAGACAGAGACUCAGGCACCAAUGCCCAAGUCACCUACUCGCUGCUGCCGCCCCAGGACCCGCACCUCCCUCUCGACUCCUUGGUCUCCAUCAACACGGACAACGGGCACCUGUUCGCUCUCAGGUCGCUGGAUUACGAGGCCCUGCGAGCCUUCGAGUUCCGCGUGGGCGCCACAGACGCAGGCUCCCCGGCGCUGAGCAGCGAGGCGCUGGUGCGCGUGGUGGUCGUGGACGACAACGACAACUCGCCCUUCGUGCUGUACCCGCUGCAGAACGGCUCUGCCCCCUGCACCGAACUGGUGCCCAGGGCAGCCGAGGCGGGCUACCUGGUGACCAAGGUGGUGGCGGUGGACGGCGACUCGGGCCAGAACGCCUGGCUGUCCUACCAGCUGCUCAAGGCCACGGAGCCCGGGCUGUUCAGCGUGUGGGCGCACAAUGGCGAGGUGCGCACCGCCAGGCUGCUGAGCGAGCGCGACGCUGCCAAGCACAGACUCGUCGUUCUGGUCAAGGACAAUGGCGAGCCGCCAAUGUCGGCCACCGUCACACUGCACGUGCUCCUUGUGGACGGCUUCUCGCAGCCCUACCUACCGCUCCCAGAGGUGGACCCGGAAGAGGCCCAGGCCGACUCGCUCACAGUCUACUUGGUCAUUGCGUUGGCGUCGGUCUCGUCGCUCUUCCUGUUCUCCGUCCUCCUGUUCGUCGCGGUGCAGCUGUGCUGGAGGAACAAGGCCGCUUCGGUGGGUCGCAACUCGUUUCCUGAAGGCCACUUUCCGGGCCACUUGAUGGACAUCAGCGGUACCGGGACCCUGUCCCAGAGCUACCAGUAUGAGGUUUGUCUGACGGGAGGCUCAGGUACCAGCGAGUUCAAGUUCCUGAAGCCAAUUUUCCCCAACUUCCCUCCCCAGGGAACUGGGAGGGAAAUGGAGGAAAACUCCACCUUUCAAAAUAGCUUCCAAUUCAGUUAA